AUAACCAGAGCGGCUGUCGAUGGGCAGCGCAAUUUUCUCUCACUCCAAGAGUUUGAGCUGAGACCGAUAGAGGGGGAGCUGGCUUUCUGUUCAUUUCGGCCGCAGACAACUUUUACUGGCGUGGAUCCGAACUUUUCACGCCUAUUUACUUUUAAGUUUUCGUUUUCCUUAUUUUAAUUUUAUUUGAUACUUAAUCAAAUCCACAAGAAACCAUCAGGCCAGAAACUCUCCGAGUGGGAAAGUUAGAAUUUAAAAGGACCCUUCAGAUCCUGACACUUUUCCUCCUCCUCAGACCUGCAGCGCGUUGCGGGAUUCCGAGCUGAAAUCUGUGAGUUCUUCAAUGCAAAAGUACAUGUAUGAGAAAGCGAUGGCCCAAGAGACAAGGAACGGAGGAAGCUCCACGUUAAACAACAACGGUGUGGAAAACGGCAAGAAAAAGCUGCUCAUAGCGCUCGACAUCUUCUGCCUCCUGCUUGCUGUGCUGCCGAGCCUGGUUCUGCAUCGUUCAUCUGUCCGUCCAUACCAGAGGGGUUUCUACUGCAGUGACUCCAGCCUGAAAUACCCCUACAAGAGCAGCACCGUGCCCUCGUCAGUUCUCGUUUCUGUUGGUCUGACACUGCCCAUGGUGUCCAUUGUGAUUGGAGAAUGCUACAGGAUUCACCAACUGCACGUGGGAACGAAGUCAAUUGUUGGGAAUUCUUACGUGGCAGCACUCUACAAACAGAUAGGUGUGUUUCUCUUCGGGUGUGCCAUCAGCCAGUCAUUUACAGACAUCGCCAAGGUGUCUGUGGGUCGGAUGAGACCUCACUUCUUAGAUGUCUGCAGGCCGGAUUUCUCCACCAUCAACUGUUCCCUUGGAUACGUUACCAACUAUAAUUGUACUGGUGAUGAGAGUGAAGUGCAGGAAGCCAGGAAAUCCUUCUUCUCAGGACAUGCCUCCUUUUCCCUGUUUACUAUGCUCUACUUGGCUUUCUACAUCCAGUCCAGGUUCACUUGGCGUGGCGCUCGCCUCCUCCGCCCGUUGCUCCAGUUCACUUUGUUGAUGAUGGCCUUCUACACCGGUUUGUCACGAGUCUCCGACCACAAGCACCACCCGACUGAUGUCCUGGCGGGCUUUGCACAGGGAGCCCUGGUGGCCUACUGCAUAGUGUUCUAUGUGUCUGACCUGUUCAAGCCCCGGGUGAAGCUGGCCACGCCCCCACCCUCCCCAGUCAAGAAGGAGCUGCUCCCUUCGUCUGACAUCAUUGACAGGAACAACCACCACAACAUGGUGUAAGGGAGGCCGCACAUCCUUUGCCUGACUGAGGAGCCAAACACAGCGCUGCUCACCCACCAACCAACCCCCCAUCAGACAGUAGAAUGUAGCGACAACAGACUGUAGCUGCUUCUUUAAUGGCAUGCUGCCCCCUUCAUCCCAGUGCCCAGCGAGGCACUUUUUGUGGACAAGGGUGUCAGAUUUGAGAUUUGCACAGUAGAGUCCACUCUCACUAUUAUUUCCCUAAUACUGGUAACUACUAAUCGACCUUUGAGCCCAUCUGUUUGUCUGUCCGAGCACAAGCAGAGAAGAAUAUGAGUGUUGAAUGAGAAGAAAUGUUAAACUGAUGAGCUGACAGGCUGGUGUUGCAGAGGUUUGACUGAAGCAUAAACACACAAAGGAGGAUAAACAAAUGUAAAAAGUCAACUAUAAAGCCCCUAAGCAGGAAGAGAAGAUGCUUCCUCUCUGAACUUUCGGUGGCCUUGGAUAGCCAUUGGACAUCAACUUCCUUAGCUAAGGGAGGGAUCUUACUGCAAUAGUUAGCAGCAGAAAAAGCCAGAUAGAAAUAUGUAACUUAAAGCACUGUUUUAACUUUAUUGUCCAUUAUCACCACUUGCUGCCUGAGUUGUUUGGCUGAAAAAACUUAACAGCAUUGAGCCCAGAGACUGAAAAUCGUUACUCCUUACGCCUUUUAACUCAUUUACAGAGCUCUGUCUUCUGGAAAGUGAAGCCCCUACAGCCUUACAUGAGUCAGUCUCAGGAUCAGCGUUUCAAGCUUUUCCAGGCGACUCUCAGUGCAGCCCAAACUCGGGAUGUUGCAGUUUUUUGAGGUAGAUGUAGUAUGGUGGAAAGGGCGGGGCAUUGUCUGUGGAAGACGGCAGUUAUUCCUCCAGCAGCCGUGUAAAAGGCUUGGCUGUGCCAUGCUCUUUGGGCCCACUUGUCAGGUUUCCUGAGGGGUGAACAGAGGGUGGGGGCAGGGCUGUCAUCAUGGAAAGAGGGUAAUCAGCUACAACUAAGCUGGCACAUGAUUUUAGGGAUGAUUCAGGCUCUUUCCGCUGGCAGGGAGGAGCUUUCACCCACCCAGUCCGUCAUUGGCAAUGGAUGCUCGUCUCUCAGUGCAUGUGUUUGUGUGUAUGUGCUUGUUCUUGUAUGUUAUAUCAUGGGUGUGUAGCAGCGCUGGCUCUGUGAAAAUGAACUCCCUCUUGAUAAAACUGUGGUGUGUGUGAGACAGUUAAAAACACACAAAAGCGCGCUAAGUGUGUGUUUCUGGUGUGCCACUUUGUGUCACGGAGCAAGAUGAAUGUUCUGAAAACUGUGGAUCUAAUAUUUUAACUCUGUGCCGAGGAACAUCUUUAACCUUGCAUGUUUAGAGGCAGCCCUGUGUAAUCACUAGCAGUUGUGCAUUACCAGACGCAGAGAUGCUUUUUUUCAUUUACAGCCCACCCAGAUUUCCUCAUCCAACAACACACCACUAUGUUGCACAUCUUUUUUUCAUUGUAUAGUCCGUCCUAUCAUUUCACCAAGCCGUUCUCAUUCUCUUUUUUUUUUAUAAAUAUAUAAAUAAUGUAUAGAUCACUAAAAUGAACUCUGUAAAAUAUUGUUUAACAUGUUUAGGUAUAUCCACUAUAAUUACAGACCUGUGUUCUUUACAAAAUGCUGCUUAAAAAGCAUCGAUUGACAGAUUUUUUUUUGUACUUAAACUAUUGUAGAUUUUAAUAGUUACAUUUGUAAUAUGCAUAAAAAAUACACACUCAAUUGUAUUGAAACUCAAUAUUAGUAUUUUUGUAUUGUCUCAUUUUUUGUAAAAACAAAAUGUAGUUAUGCUGUUUUUUUCUGCUAAAUGUAUUAAGCUCCAAUAUAUGUGCUUUUAAAUAAAAAGCUCAUUAUGAACACA